AUGAGCGACCGCUUCUGCAAGGAGUGCAACAACCUCCUCUAUCCAAAGGAAGACGACAACACCCUGUUCCUUGCAUGCAAAAACUGCGAGCACAUUCAGGAGGCAAAGUCGCACCGCCUCUAUGUGAAAAACUUUAGGCCCAAGCAUGCGUCAAUAGAGCUGUAUGCCAGGGAUCUUGUGCAGGAUCCAACGCUUCCAUCGGUGAAAAUCAACUGUGGGAACUGCGGAUUCAACAAGGGAUUGUACUUCCAGCCCAGGGGUGGAGAGGAAGACGUUGCAUUGAGCAUCUUCUAUCUGUGCUGUAGAUGCUAUCACCUGUGGACAUAA